AUGCAACUUUUUUUUCCUCGACAAAAGCCAAAAACAAAUACUACAGAUGCAAUUGUUAAACUACGGGAUACUUUGCAAAUGUUGGAGAAGCGAGAGAAUCAUUUACAAAGUAAAAUUGAUUCUGAAUUAAAGAUAGCUAAAGUAAAUGCAACUUCCAACAAAAGAGCUGCGUUGAUGGCGCUUAAAAGAAAGAAACAAUAUGAAAGUCAAAUUGAAAAAAUAUCUGGAACACGUAUGACAAUGGAGACACAAAUGAUGGCAAUCGAGAGUGCAAGUGUAAACUUGGAAACUAUUAAAGCAAUGGAGAAAGGUGCUGAAGCGAUGAAGACUAUACAUGGAUCCAUGGAUAUAAAUAAAGUUGAUGAUACAAUGGAUUCUAUACGUGAACAAAUGGAUUUAGCUGAUGAGAUUUCAAAUGCAAUUUCUGCACCAAUGCUUGGUGCUGAUUUAAUAGAUGAUGAUGAACUCACAGCCGAAUUAGACGAAUUAGAACAAGAAGUCCUUGAUAGUCAAUUACUUGGAGCUGAAGCACCACCAUUCAUAGCACCUAAAGUACCAAAAACUGAAUUAGUGAUAGAAUCCGAGGAGGAUAAAGAAUUAGAAGAAUUAAGAGCAGCAAUGGCUUUAUAA